AUGGACGCCUGCGCCACGCUCAAGGAGGCCUUCCGAGCCUUGGCUCCGCUCCAGGUGGAAGUUGCGGAGAGCGAGGGCGAGAACGAUCACGAGGACAUGGUCGCACAGGAGUCAGAGGCCUACGUCCCGAUUGAAUCCAACGGGGAGAUGAUGAUAACUAAUAAAGUGGUGCAGCUGCUCGCUAGCAUGAGGCCAUGUGGGAAGGGCAUCGUGCGUGGGACAAAGGCCUGCCGGGUUCUUGAAGGCUUUGGCCGAUCUUUCCGGCGUGUGAGUCCAGGGCUACACGCGAAGAGCUAUCCCACUCGCAGCAUUGGGACAUUUUGCAGCCACAGCUGGCAGGGCUGGUGGUUGGCGAAAUAUCUCACCCUUCUGCUGUUUUACAAUGGCUUAGCUGCCGCUGUCAUCUCAUCCAUCGGCGCUGCCAUAGCUGCCGGCCUCUUCUGCUUCGAUGUCCUGCCGAUUUUGAAAGGGAAAGACGAGUCGCAGUACAGAUCAUCCUUUUGGGCAACGAUGGUGGGUGUGCUACUCUACGUUCUGACACUUCUACUUUGGCGGCCUGGAACCACUGUUUUCUUUGAUUCCAUCUGCAUUGAUCAAACAAGUACGGUCCGAAAAACCAGAGGCCUGCUCAGCAUGGGCGCUUUUCUGAAGUCUUCCAACUCAAUGCUAGUGCCGUGGGACGCCUCAUACUGCUCUCGAUUGUGGUGCAUGUUCGAGAUUGCUGGAUUUCUACGGAGCCGUGAUGGCAUGAAGCCCAAACUGAUCAUGAGGCCGACAAUAUUGGGCCCAUGUUACCUCUUGCAGACCUUGACUGUCUUCAUGGUCUUUGUGGGUGUUGGCCUCGUCCCUGAUCACCCUCAAUGGGUGUUCUGGACCUUCCAGGCAUUGGUUUGCUUCUGUGGCUUUUACAUCAAUAUGGCCGCCUACAGGCAGUAUGCCUUAUCGAUUGAGAACAUGCAAGAUGAGUUGCGCGGCUUUACCUUGCAAAACGCAACUUGCUGGUGCUGCAGCAUAGGCCACAAGCGGAACGGAACGCCGGUGAUGUGUGACCGAGAUUGUAUCAUCAAGUGCGUUUCCAUCUGGUUCGGUAGCCCGGAGAGCUUCGAAGACCGAGUGAGGAGUGAGGUGCUCAGCUGCCUCACUCAGCACCUCACCACCCAAUUCUUCACCUAUCAGCAGUGCGUCAUCACGAUGGUUCCCAUUCUUUGGGCCUUCAUGGAUACUGGCUCCGCGCAUGUGCGCUUGGCCGAGCUGGGCAACGAGUGGCUUCUGGGGGCCCGCGAGCUGGCGCGAGGCUUCGCCUGGUGGUUGGGCGUGGCGCCCCUGGCUUUGCUGCUGGGGUUUCGGAUCUGCUUCUACCUGCGCCGGCCGUUGGCCCGAAAAAGCUGCGACGUCUUGCUGAACUUCCCGCCUCUGCUGGCCGUGGUGGGGGCGGUGGUGCUCAUGGUGCAGCUGGAACAGCUGUGCUUCAACGCCUUCCGGGUGAAGUCGGAGUUUCUGGUGCUUACGCAGCUGCUGCAGGGCCCCGAGGCGAUGUACUGGGAGCAUGGACUGGGAGCUGAGAUGGUGACAGCAGCCCGGACGCAGCGUAGGCAGAGCUCCAGCGGCGAGCUGGAAUGGACUCUAUUGAGUGAAGAUGUGGAGCCGGCAGUGACAGUCAUUGACAGGGCAAUCGUCAACAUCGGCCCCGAAAAUCCGAAGGUCAUCAAGCGUGCGCAGGAGCUUUUGUCGCCAGAUGCCCACAGCACCCUCUUUGCGCUGCAAGCUGAAAACACCGCCGACAAUCUGCGGGCUGAACUGCGCAUUGUGGAUCCCAGCCCGGAAGCUGGAGAUCGGCGCAGGGGCUGCUCCAUGGCCCUUCUGGCGCUGCUGGGGCAGCUGAAUCCAGACCAUCCGUUGCAGGACAAGCUUCGCAGCGAGUUUGCCGCGGAGCUGUCGGAGAUUCAACCAACAGUGGCUUCCACUGAGCAGCCGCCUCUGCCGCCUCCAGCAGAAGGUCCUCCAACCGCCACAGAGCUGCUCACUCCGCCGCUGGAGACGCAUGUGGACGCGCAGUCGACAGAGGAGGUCUCGCAGGCACAGUUGGAGCUGGAGCGAGCCCUGGAGGGGGGCGAGGAUCCGUUCAAGCUUGAGCCCACUCCUGAGGAGACCAACCAGGCUCUCUUUGAGGCAGGCGUCCGGCCAUAUGACGAUGACCUCAACUUGGACGUGCCAGAAGAUGAGAAGGACCUUUGGGGCUCUCCAACAGGAUUCCUUGAGCUGUCAAGCAUAAACGAGCAGGUGGUGGAUCCAAAGAAAAAGAGGGACUUUGAUGAGGAGAAGGGGAAGAUCAGCUUUGAUCCCGACCCAGCACAUGUGAUGAUGCUGCAGACCAUUGCAUCAGAGGAGAUCUCACGCCAGAGAUGCAGAAGAGGAAGGAAGAGCAGGCUCAGGCAGAACGCGCCCGCGGCGAGCAGAAGGAGCGCACGGCAGUUCUGA